AAGAAACUACACACUCGAUGCCUGUGUAGUUACUCUGUCCUCUUACAGCUCACCGACUUCUACUCCUCCCCUUGAAUCAUCAAUAAGCGACAACUCCUUCGCUUCUCUCUCUCUCUCUCUCUCACUGGUUCUCUCAUUCACGACCACGGACAAAGAAUCAAUUGACGUCGUGUUCCUCCUGUAGAAAAUGGGUUUUGUCGUGCAUCUUGGUGGUUUUGUAAUUUGACGGUAUUGCUGUUAGAAUCUCUGGUUUUGGAAAAUGUUUGGUGGCUUUUCUCGCAGGCGCAUGAAACUUGGCAGAGUGAAGAAGGUGCAGCUGUCAGACUCUGCUCAGGGAGCUAGAAGUCCAUUGAGAAUUCCAAAACGGAUAAGCAAGAGCAAUGGUGAAUGUGCUGAGCCGAAAAAUGAUCAUUCUGAUGAAAUUGACUGCCAAUGCCCAUCAGUUGAGCCCAAGAUUAGUGACAGUACAUCAGGAAAUUCUGAGAAUUGGAUGUUGUUGUCAAUUGCUGGGGAAAAACCCACUCCUCGCUACAAUCAUGCAGCAACUGUGAUUGGAAACAGGAUGAUAGUGGUUGGUGGUGAAUCUGCAAAUGGGAUGUUAGAUGAUGUACAGGUACUUAAUUUUGACAGGUUUAGUUGGAGCACAGGUUCAUCAAAGCUAUACUUGUCACCAAGCAGUCUGCCAUUGAAGAUCCCAGCAUGCAAGGGCCAUAGUCUGGUUUCUUGGGGGAGGAAGGCACUUCUAAUUGGGGGAAAGACUGAUGCUGUGAGCGAAAGGAUUUCAGUGUGGGCAUUUGAUACGGAAACAGAGUGCUGGUCACUUAUGGAAGCAAAGGGAAACAUACCGAUUUCUCGUAGUGGUCACACCGUGGUUAUAGCAAACUCUGUUUUAAUCAUGUUUGGAGGUGAAGAUGCUAAAAAGAGGAAACUAAAUGAUAUGCAUAGGUUCGAUCUGAAGUCUUUGACUUGGCUUCCUCUUCAUUGCAAGGGAACAGGUCCAUCUCCGAGAUCCAAUCAUGUGGCAACCCUUUAUGAUGAUAAAACUCUUUUUGUGUUUGGAGGAGUUUCAAAGUCUAGGACAUUGAAUGACUUGUACUCACUUGACUUUGAAACGAUGAUAUGGUCUAGAAUAAAGAUAAAAGGCUUCCAUCCUUCACCUAGGGCUGGCUGCUGUGGAGUUUUAUGUGGAACGAAAUGGUAUAUAUCAGGGGGUGGAAGCAAGAAAAAACGUAUGCCCAGACAUGCGGAAACUUUAAUAUUUGACAUCUUAAAAGUUGAGUGGUCUGUAGCUGGAGCUUCACCCCCAUCAUCCAUCACAGCCAACAAGGGAUUUAGUCUAGUACUUGUGCAACACAAGGAAAAGGAUUUCCUUGUUGCAUUUGGUGGAUUCAAAAAGGAGGCAUCAAACCAGGUUGAGGCCAUGGGUAUGGAUAAGAGUAAAUCAUCCAUGGGUAGGCGAUCUGCUCUCACUAAAUUUGGGGCACCUGUACUUCUUGAGAAACACUCAUCAUCGACUGGUUUAGCUGCUCAAAUCAGUAAUGGUUCUUCCCAGCAUUCAGUAGAUUCUGUCGCAAGGCAAAAUAUAGCCUCUGCAAUCGAACAUCAUGGUUCUGGUAGGAAAUCUUUGUCAGACUUCACACUCGUGAAUCAAAAUCCUGCUUCAGGCAAUGUCUCACUGCGCAAGCAAUUUCUCAAUGGGGAAGAAAGCUGUGCUGCUGUAAAGAUGACAAAGACUUCAGAAGUUGAUAGUUCUAUAUUACCGGUGAUGGAACAGAGAAGUAGUCAAUCUGAGAUGUCUGUUCAGAUUAAUGCUGGAGGAAAGAUUACCGCAGAAGAAAUGUCAUUCACAUUUGAAUCAGAAAAUCCCAACCCUCAUAAUGUAGGAGUUAGAAACCUUCUGGAUGAUAACAAUGAGCUAAUAUUACCAGAAACUGAAAGUAAACCUGUAGCUGGCCUUUCGAGUGUACAUCAAUUGUAUGAAGCAAAAGUAGUUGCGCUAAUAAAAAAGAAUGGAAUUUUAGAAGCGCAACUAGCUUCUGCUUUGGGAAGUCGAGAAUCUGCAGAGAGAAAUUUGUCUUCUGUUCUUAAGAGCAGACAAGAAAUGGAGAAAAAAUUGACAGACACAGUGAGGGAGAUGGAGUUGCUGAAAGAGAGACUGGCUUGUGUAGAACAAGCUCAAGAAGAGGCCAACAACCUAUCAAGUAUUGUCCAUUCUGAUAAUGUAAGGCUGGAGCACGAUGUGGCUUUCCUAAAGGCAGUUUUGGAUGAUACGCAAAAGGAGUUGCACUCAACUAGGGGGGUACUUGCAGGGGAGAGGGCAAGAGCAUUCCAACUCCAGGUUGAAGUUUUUCAUCUCAGACAAAGAUUACAAACUAUGGAAAACCGAGCACCUACCCCCAGGAAACCGUUUAAUGUGUAGUACAGAGUAUAGUUUUGAUCGA